UUUCACCUUCGCAACCAAAUUCAUACAACUUGUGUUGUUCAGGUCUAGUCGCCAUAUUGAUAUUUUAGUCUUCGUUGCACGAAAAUAUUUAGAACUCCUGUUCCUUUGUAAUACCAAUAUUAGCGACAAACCUUUUAGGACACCGUUUUCAGUUAAACGAACUUUUGUUUCUGACUUUCAAAGUUUGAAAAGUGAGGUGACGGUUGCUUUGUUUGAGACGUUCAUCGUCUGUCUAAAUUAAAAAUGGCGUGUGCUACACUUAAAAGAUCUUUGGAUUGGGAGCCUGUUUUGGGGGCAAGGCCGGCCAAAAGAAGACGAUGUAUCCCCUUUUGUGCAAGUCCUCAACAUCAUAAAGAUCGAGCUGACUCGUCAAGACAUUCCAGUCCCAGCUCGUCGGCUGUAUCACCUGUAUCUGCCUUUCCAGACGUUGUUAGCCAAAAGCUUACUCCAGAGUACAUGGCAGCAAGUAUCAAAGCAGAACUGAAAAGACUGCAGAGGCGUAAACAGCUUCAAUUCAGCUGUGAUAAUUCUGAUGGCAGUAGUUCUGGGGGAGAGACAUCUGAGUCAAAUUCUCGUCCAGAGAAACCUUUAUUUACUUUUAAGCAGGUUGGUCUUAUAUGCGAAAGGAUGAUAAGGGAAAGAGAAAAUGAAAUUAGGCAGGAAUAUGACAGUGUUUUAACAGCAAAACUUGCAGAACAAUAUGAUGCAUUUGUCAGAUUUACAUAUGAUCAAAUACAGAAAAACUAUCAGGCUGCUCCAAGCUACUUGUCGUAAAAUCAACACUGAGUUGUAACAGCUGUUUUCUGACUCACUAGCCACUACAUAUACCAUUUGUUAUAGGUAUUUCAUAUACAAGAAUAUAUACUACUAUUAUUAUAUUUAUCUCCCCAUGCAGAAAUGCCGGCCUUACCCCAAAAAAAAAAAAACAAUUCUGCCGACAAUUGUAUAUAUACAUGUAAUGUCUUAUUAUUGGAAUUAAAAAAUUAUUACAGAUUAAUAUGUACAUAAAUACAGUGUCUUAUUUCGUUUCAUUACUUUUUUAUUUAAAAAUCACUUAUCCUUAUGUUUCUGUGUACUUUUAUGAUGGUUAUAUUAUAUGUAUACAUUGACAACUUUUGAUGCUUGUCAAUUAAUUAACGUUUUAAUUUUAAUGGGUCAAUUUGUUAUUAUAUAGAUGUACGUAUUAAUUAGAAUCGUACAACGGUGGUUUAUAAAUGUGGCGAUAAAUAAAAGAAAUCUUAUAUAAAAACAUAGGCUUUCGUAGCCGAAACCCAUAGUAGAAUUAACAUAGGGGCGUAUCAGGUGUUGUUGAAAUCAACGUUUUGUCGGCAACUGCGGCUGAUAGUGGAUACCGCGUAAUUCAGUUUGACAAGUUGAUAUCAUUAUUAGAUGAAGUUCACAAUAUUACCUGUAUUUGUUUCAAUAAAUGCUGCUUAACACCAGCAAUUCAAUAAUUGCUGGUGUUAAGCAGCAUCCAGUUAACAAGUACAAACAGCAGAGUAAACCUCAACUGAAGAAGUUUGCUAUUUUGUGGUAAGAUUCAAUAAUGUUUGACACGAUCCUUUUCUAAUAAAGAUAUCGACUUUUAAAAUUAAAUACACAGCACAGCGGAUGUAACCGUUCAUUUCGACCACGGCAUAUACGCCCUAAUCUUAGUUGUACCAAAAGAAAUCCUGUUGAUAAGAACGAACAACUUUUGACAGGAUUUAAGAUGUAAUUGACUGAAAAGUAACUGUUUGUUAUUUUGUUAUUUAAUUUUGAAGCUGAUACAGUUUUUGAUGGUAUUUAUUCUAAAUGGGAUAUAUUAUACAGUUACAAAUGAAAUUGAUUCUAAUAUGCUUUUGUAAUAAUUUAGGAAAGUAUUUUGCGAUAUAUUUAUUAUUAAUAAGGAACCAGCCAAUUCAAUGCAAUUAAAUAAUUAAGUUAAUACAAAAGACAGUUAGUAGAUUUUGUACCCAAAUAUGUAAUUAAAACAAAAUGACAUUGAUUUUUCCAAUAAAAUUGCGUUUAAUUGGCUCAUUUGCGGAAUUAGAAAUAAGUUCAUUACGAAAAUUGUGAAUAGAAUAAAAUUUUUCAAUCAAUUUAAAACGAAACGUUUUUUAGAAAGUGUGUCGUCUUCGAAAAAAAUUUUUUUUUGCCAUUCAGACAUGUAAAAAUUGUUGCCAUUGUAGUAUUACAGAGGCUGUAUUUAAUUCUUUCUUUGUGUAUUGUAAUUCUAGAUACGUGAAAAACUGUUAUUUCAAUUUUCGUUAAUUGAUGGGUAGCAUUUACCAGUCUUCUUACAAUUUUGAAAUAAUUUCUCUGGUUUUGUACUUUAAUAAUGAAAAACCCUGAUCUUUUGCAUUGUAAACGUGCAAACAUUUAUAUUAGCAAACUAUUGAUUAUUGGUAAAUGCUAUUUUUUUUUGUCAUAUUUGUGACCAUAAAAAUAAUGGAAUCUUUCCAUUUACAUGUAAAUUUAUAUAAAAAUGCCUUUGCUACCAAGAGUAGUCUGAAUUGAUACUAAAAGAAAAUUCAUUCGUUUAUUUUUAUUUUAAAAAUUCGAGUAAAUAUUUAGGAUUAAGUGAAACGUAAUUUAUACAUAUUAUUAUAUAAUACUUAUUUUCAAGUAGUGUAAGACUUGUUCCAGAAGAAGAAAAAGAUGCCCUUUCGUUUUUCCCUUAAUUUUUUUACACAUAAAACUUAAGAUUUUUGGUAAUAGCUUAUAAUAGUAAUAAUAGUUGUGUUGUUGUUUACUAUUUAGCAGAAUUAAUUUAAAAUAAAUUAGUUGCUAUUUAUUGUGCAAGUGGCCUGUAUAGUAAAGUAGCUUUAUUGGUGCAUGAGAAUUGUUGAUAUUGAAAACAACUUUGUUAAUUUUCUUUCGCUGAUACUAAGCUAGGGAAACUUCAAACAACUUUGAUAGUAAGUUAAUAUUACUAGUUUACUUUUUAAGUUUGGAUUUUUUUCUUUAAAAUACAUAUAUGAAA